AUGGAAGGCCUAGUGGAUCCAGAGACCAUUUAUAUGAAACAGAACUGUAUCGGUGGCGGGAGCUUCGGACGGGUCUACAAAGGCGUUGAUAAGCGCACCGGCGCAUCUGUUGCGAUCAAGAUCAUCGACGUCGAAAAUGCCGAAGACGAAGUCGAAGAUAUCAUCCAGGAGAUUGCCAUCUUGUCUGAGCUGAACUCUCCUUACGUGACUCGAUACCAUGGAUCAUUCUUGAAAGGAUCUAGUCUGUGGAUCAUCAUGGAGUUCUGCUCCGGUGGCAGCUGUUCCGACUUGAUGCGCCCGGGGACGAUUCCUGAAGAGUAUAUCAUGAUCAUCAUCAAAGAGCUACUUCGGGGAUUAGACUAUCUGCACAGCGAUAAGAAGUUGCAUCGAGACGUCAAAGCUGCAAACAUCCUCCUUACCUCGGGUGGUCAGGUGAAGUUGGCAGAUUUUGGAGUCUCCAGUCAAUUAUCGGCCACAAUGACCAAGAAGAACACUUUCGUGGGUACUCCCUUUUGGAUGGCACCAGAAGUGAUCAAGCAGUCUGGAUAUGAUUAUAAAGCCGAUAUCUGGUCUCUUGGAAUCACUGCGAUUGAGUUGGCCAACGGAGAACCUCCUUACUCGGACAUCCACCCCAUGAAGGUGUUGUUCCUAAUCCCCAAGAACCCUCCUCCGGUCCUGCAAGGCGAUUACAGCAAGGCCUUUAAGAACUUUGUCGAGCUUUGUUUGAGACGUGAUCCGAGGGAGAGGCCUUCGGCUAGAGAACUGCUCGAGCACCCGUUCGUCAAAAGGGCAAAGAAGACGACCUAUCUGACAGAGCUGAUCGAGCGCUAUGAGCGCUGGAAUGCAAUCCACGGGAACGGAGGCAAUGAGGAAGAGGAAGACAUCGCUCAGGAGCCCCUACCCGAAACCCCCUCCCCCGAAGAUGAGGAUGAUCUCUGGGAUUUCGGCACUGUGCGACCUGCGGGGCGCGCGCCUGCUUUAAAGCCGAUGAAAGAGGCAGAUAUGAACGCCCGGGCUCACGAACAUGCCGAGUGGGGUGUGAGAGACGAUCAUCGCAAAGAGAUGCUACGACCGAAGGCCAAUGCCCCCUCGGUACCCCUGCAGACCAAGAAUAUAAGCAGUGCGGCGCCCAACCCACUGUCACCCACUAAAAUCCCAUUGCCGCCUUCUCCCACCAAGCAGCCACCAGGACUGCCACAACCCCAGACCCCUUCGCAUCUUCAGCGGCCAGUCACACGCCAACCGAAGGGAAGCCCCCUUAACGAAUAUGACCGAGUUCUGCAGCACGCCUUGGCUGAGGACCUGAGUUUUCUCGAGCUUGAUCGAUCCCCGAGCGCUCCUUCCACCGCUUCCAAAGACCGAAAUGCUCAUCGAAGUGCCGCCCCAGCCGUACAAGGAUAUCAGAAAGCCCGACAACCACAGUUCCCCGAAGGUCCAUCAUAUCAGGGGCGCUUCCCGGCUCAGCCGGCACACAGCCUCGCGGAUCAGAAUGUCAGGCCGGUAAUGGAGCCAUAUCCACAGCGUCAGCUGUAUUUGCAUUCACAGCAACAGCCACAAUCUCGGCUCCCUCCCACACCUAAGCACAUGCCACCACCGCCUCCGGCAUCACGACCCCAGCAAGCACCGCUGUAUAAUCCUCAGCCCAUGGCCAUUCACUCUGGUUACUCACAGGUCAACAACACGACCGACGGAACCCUUGACGAAAGAGCGUCUGGCUCGCAGCAGGAAAUUACGGCGCUUAAUAGCGUGAUAUUACCUGCACUUAAAGCAGCCAUCCGUCGCCGGGCGAGGCGUCUGGAGCUCUCUUCGCGCAACCCUGGAAGCGAGGAUAUCUAUGACAAGUCACGCCAGGAGUAUGUCCAUGGGAUGAUGGAAGACCUGGUGGGUGAGAUGUCCGAAAUGUUCUCACGGCUUGAGCGAUGGGAUAAUGAAGCACCUGUGGGGAUGGGCGCUCAGGUGUCAUCCUUUUUGGAAGGGUUCCUCGAAGAGGUCCUCGUCCGAAUUGAACCGUCCGACUCCGACUCGAAUCCUAGUAGGGCUUAG